AUGGCCACUGACGCGAGAGCUGCACCCCUCCGCUUGGGAUCCCUUGCACCCAACUUCCAGGCCGAAACCACCCAGGGCCCAAUCGACUUCCACGAGUUCAUUGGCGACAAGUGGGUUGUCUUGUUCUCCCACCCAGAAGACUACACACCCGUCUGCACCACCGAGCUGGGCGCCUUCGCAAAGCUUGAGCCCGAGUUCACCAAGCGCGGCGUCAAGUUGAUCGGUCUUUCUGCCAACACCAUCGAGUCCCACGGAGGAUGGAUCAAGGACAUUGAUGAGAUUUCUGGCAGCAAGUUGAGCUUCCCAAUCAUUGGUGAUAAGCAGCGAGCCGUUGCAUAUCUCUAUGACAUGCUGGACCACCAAGACACCACGAACGUCGAUUCUAAGGGCAUUGCGUUCACAAUCCGCUCAGUCUUCAUUAUCGACCCCAAGAAGACCAUCCGCCUCAUCCUCUCAUACCCAGCCUCCACGGGCAGGAACACCGCCGAGGUCCUCCGUGUCGUCGACUCCCUUCAGACCGGCGACAAGCACCGUAUCACCACUCCGAUCAACUGGAUCCCCGGAGAUGAUGUUAUCGUCCACCCUAGCGUCAAGAACGAGGAGGCCAAGACUUUGUUCCCGCAAUUCCGCAUUGUCAAGCCAUACCUCCGAUUCACCCCUCUGCCAAAGGAGCAGACUUCUGCGGCUGAUGUCUUGACACCCAGAAGCAAUGGCCCGCCAUCAGCGGGACCCUCUCCGGCCCAGCCACGCUCCGCUGGUGGUAAUAAUGGGAACACUGUAGGAACGCCUACGGGCUCGUCACAGCAUCUUUCAGGCCUCAUGUGCAACGUCCAUCGAACGACCGGACGAGAGCCGUAUCCAUUAGUUGGGGCCACGACCACAAUCUUGGGAGACAAGCUGUAUGUUUUUGGCGGACGAAUUUUAUCAAGGACACGACCUGCCUUGACGGCAGAUUUAUACGAAUUGGAUCUAAUACGGCGCCAUUGGACGAAAGUGGACACCUUAGGUGACUUACCUCCGCCUCGAUAUUUCCACAGCGUAUGUCCACUGGGGGACACUAAGCUUGUAUGUUAUGGUGGCAUGUCUCCUGCGCCAACCCAAGUCAUGUCUGAUAUUUACAUCUACGAUGCGCCUGCGAAGACUUGGUCAUUCAUCCCCACUCAAGAUACUCCGCAAGGAAGAUAUGCUCACUGUGCUACUAUCCUCCCAUCCUCAGCUACCUUCUCAUCGACCAAUGCAGCUUCAUCAGCACUACACCACAACCCUCCCGGAACGAACCCAAACCAAGGCACUAUUGGUGUGAAUAUUGAUGGUACUGGUGGCGCCGAGAUGGUCGUAGUUGGAGGUCAAGAUAGUGCGAACCACUACAUUGAGCAGAUUAGUGUUUUCAACCUCAGAAGCUUAAAAUGGACCACCACACAACAAUUAGGCAAGAGCUGUGGAGCUUACCGCAGUGUUGUUGCACCACUCCCCAGUGGUGUAUCCGCACGCCUUGGGAAAACCUCACCAACGAAACCAGAGAACAGUAGCAUAAGUCAGGAUUCAAAGGAUCCUGCUUCUUCCAUGUUGAUUUACUCGAAUUACAACUUUUUGGAUGUCAAGUUGGAAUUGCAGAUACGAGCGUCGGAUGGAACCUUGUCCGAAAAACCGAUGCAAGGCACAUACUCGCCGCCAGGGCUCCGCUUUCCCAACGGAGGAGUUAUUGAUGCGAAUUUUGUUGUCAGUGGCACAUACCUCACCUCUUCGAAACAAGAAUAUGCUUUGUGGGCCCUGGAUCUGCGGACUUUAACGUGGAGUCGUAUUGAUGCCGGCGGUAAUGUCUUCAGCCAAGGCAGUUGGAAUCGUGGUGUACUAUGGAACCGUCGAAAUACCUUUGUUAUCCUUGGAAACCGGAAGCGAAGCUUGGUAGAAGAUUACAACCACCGACGGAUCAAUUUUACCAACGUCUGCAUGGUGGAGCUUGAAGCCUUUGGUCUGUAUGAUAACCCAAGGAAGGUAGCUCCCAUGUCAGGUUUUGUCUCAGCUAGUUCACCGUUCGCUGCGCCGUCACUGAGCCUCAGUACGAAGGCGGGAUGGACCGCAGGCGGUCGUUCAUUUACAAAAGCGGCAGAAGAACUUGGUCAAACGGCGCUUGGAUUGAGGGAGCUUGCAGACAUGGACAUCCUCUGCGUGGGAGGCGAGCGUAUACCAGUUAACUCUCGGAUCGUUGCCAGGAGGUGGGGCCCAUAUUUCGUUCAACUGCUUCGUGAAGGUGCAGCGACACAAGAUGGAAACGACACUGCAACGCUAAGACCAGACAACAUUUUCCGUCACAAUCCCAGCCGGAACAGUAGCGUUACCAUCACUCCAAGCCUCGGUGGGCAGUCUUCAAAUAUAUCGACAUCCUCAACCCUGAACAACACAUCCUCAGCAUCACUUGGUUCUGGCCAACAGCAGGCCUCAGUAGACCUAGCUACGCUCUCGCUCCCACCAGAUGCAACUUCACUCUCUCCCACGUCACGUCCUCGGACGUUGUAUCUUCCACACACGCAACUCACCCUUCAGUCUCUCUUACACUUCCUAUAUACCUCCUCUCUUCCACCAUCAUCUUCACCACUCUGUACGCCUCAGAUUCUCUGCUCGCUUUUACAAAUCGCCCGUCCCUACAGGAUCGAUGGCCUUUUGGAAGCUGUUGUUGAGCGCCUGCAUGAAGUUCUAGAUUCUAGAAAUGCUGCAGCCGUGUUUAACGCAUCGGCUAUGGCUGCUGGCGGUGGUAGGUCAACGAGUACAACCUCUGCUCUGAGCGAGAACUGGCUCUUGGAUCAGCUCCGUAUCAAUACCUCAGUUGGCAAUCUUGGGACGGGUGCGGGUGGCAGGAAAGCAGAGGAUGAAGAGAGUAUGAGUGCCUCGUCCGGUGCAGCGAGUGAUGCAUCAGAGUCAGAUCUUAGCGGCGGUAUGAGUGCCUCUGAAUCGGGAGCUAGGAACAGCAAUGAAGGCAAAGCGGUCUGGAAGGGAGACGUCAGUGCCGUGAUUGGGCUGCAGAAGAGAGGGCUGAGAGGCUUGAUGGAAGGACGGAGGUUGAGAGAGCGUGGAGCGAGUAUAGGACCUACACAACAGAAUCCAGUCCCCAGAGUUGGACUCGGCAUUGGGGGUGCUAGUGGGGCUAUUUGA